AUCGGAUAUGUACAGCUAAAAACAAUUUGAAUUAGAAUUAGUUGGGCUCCUAAAUAAUGGAGACCCUCCAAAAAUUAGCGUAUACCACUGAUUGCUACAAACACACGGUAUUCUUUAGUAAAAGGCGAAAGAAUAGUUCGCUUUGUGUUUAUAGCGUAGCUGCGUGAGAAUUGAAGAAAUCAAGAUACCCAAUAUAUAGAUUCUACAGCGUAACUCUUCCUUAAGUUCUGGGUGUGGGAUAUUUCCGAUUUGUUUCCAAGUCUUCAAAUUGAAGCUCUUGAACUCUUAGCCCUUUACUUCGACACCUCGUCCUCUCUCCCAGGGGCUGCUCUUUACACAGACGAAACAAAUAUCCUCUUUUUUCCGUUAUGUUCAGUUGGGAUUCCUUGAACACGUUUCUAAAGUUUACACUUUUUGCAGUGGCAGGUAAAGCUUCAAUUAAUCUUUAGUUUGUGAGUCACACGCCACUUGAUCGCUGAAAUGCCAAAGAGGGGUGAAUGCAAGUGUGAUUAUGAUGUGAUGGUGAACUGUAUAGGGAAGAACCCAGCUUUUGGUGGUUCGGUGGAAGUAGGUUUCGUAGAAAUGUUAUUGGUGUGAAGUUUUGUUAGGCGAUGGUAAUGAGAGCUGUGAUAAAUUUCCUCUGUGGAUCAAGGGCUUUGUCAGCCAGGCAGAAUGCUGUGAUCAGAAUGAAUUACAUUUCGUAGCACUGCUUGGAGGAACCGAAGAUGGAGUCUUUUCCGUCUGAUUGGUAUGAAAAAGCUUUCUCAAAGCUAUCAAUGUUAUCCCAAUUGCUGAAUAAUGUGGAUGUUAUUAACGGUAGGACUGUUAAUGUUAUUGAUGAAUCGAUAAUUGAAGAUGACGUUUUGCUAGAAAACAUGCGUUUUUAAGUCUCUAGCAAGAGACUUUAUUGGGUGUCCUUUGGUUGAAGAAAUCAUGAGGAAAAAUAUUAUUAUGUCUUUAGGGAGCAAUGCAAAAGAGAACCAGCAGCUUCAUUGUUUUAAUAAAGCUGGUGAGAGAGAACCAAUGAGUGUGAAUUCACUCACAAAGGUUUCUGAGAUCUUGAAUGUUUCAGCUCAACAAAGGAAGGUAGUCAGGGCAACGAUAUGCCCCCAGGUAACUCAACAUCAGAUAUGGACUGGUGUGCUUGAGGUGAUACUAGAUAAGUUGAAAUCUGAGAUGGAGUAUUUGGAUUCUAGGUUCCCUAGUAAAGAAACUAAAAUGGCAAAGCAAAUAGUUUUGAGUUGUUUGAAGGUUUUGGACAUUGCCACUUCUUACAACCCCGAUUCCAGUUCAUGGAUGCGAGUUGCACCCACAAGAGAUGCCAAUUCACCUCCUACUUCACACAAAUGGGAAGACAUUCUUGAGAUGUUCAUUGAUCUUGCUGACUGCUUGAGUACAACAACAACAACAACAACAUCCAAGCCUUAGUCCCAAAAGAUAUUGGGGUCGGCUAACAUGAAUCGAUACAUGAUAUCACAACCAAAAGGAAACUGCUGACUGCUUGAGUGAGGUAACAAAAAUAUCUCUAGAGGUUAGGAAGAUAGAGGUCAUGAAAGAAGGUCUCUAUCAGAUAAGGGAUAUUCGGAUAGAUAAAAAAACAUUGGAUACAGGGAAAAUCGCCAUCAAGAAAGCUUAGUACAGAAGAUAUUAACUAAGAGACUGGGCCACUCAUCUCAGUGCUUAUUUACACUUCUCACAUACGUAGUAUUAUCUUUAUGGUAGCGUAAGCGAUCUUGAAGUAGAAGUUUGUGGGGGGCUAUAUGCUGUUGGUCAUGUGGUUAAGUUCUGCCUGUGCAUGGGGAAAUAUUGACAUCAUAUGAAGACAAGAUGCUUUUGAGAGGAGUGAAGCAGCUCGAUCGGGCCCUGGGGUUGUUUAAGUUUAAAUGGGAAACAGCCGGAGUGAAAGGAGAUCUUGAACUGCAAGGCCAUUUAUGGUGCAUUGGCACUCACAGCAGAUCACUCACAUAUAGAGGGACUACAUUCUUGUUGCAUGGGAUUGAUUGUUGUCAUUAAGGGUCUCUACGAUUAAGAAGUUUUACCAUGGGGGAAGACACUAGAAUUUCUGUUCUUGAUAAUUGCUGCAACAGUUUAUCAUGCAUUUUUUUUUCAAAAUAAGGAAAUUAGUUUGGCACGUCUAUGGGUGUCUGUUCAAGUUCCAAUAUGGGAACCAAAUUCUAAGGAGUAUAUUACAAAAGUUGUUGAAGUGCUCUUAUCCUUUUUUCCUUUUUAUGUGGCCAUAUCUUAGAUUUAUGUGUUAUUCGUUUGUCUAUUGUGGAUUUGAUCAUUACGUUUGGUUUCAGUAGUGCUCAAAGAUUCAAAUUCUAAUCAUACCAUUUGUUUGUUAAAGAUGCAAAUUAAGUGUUCGAUGAAAUGUAUGAACUCAAAAAGUCCUUUCAUUGAAUUUGUUUUAAUGCGAUUUAGGAAGAUUAUGUGAGACUGAUAUGUUAGUUUUUUAUCUUAUCAGUUUACAUAACCUAUUAGGCUAUAUAAUCACUAAUAUUGAUACAUUUGGUAUUAGUAAUAAAAGAAAAAAGUUAUAUGUAUGAAGUCUAUAAUGCAUAUGUCAGUAGACAUUUAUGCUGAUAUGCACGUAAAGCACUUCUUCAUUCUUUAUGGUAAAUUUAUUCACUUCCAUUUUUUCUUUCACUUGUUGCAGGUUCACAUGGCCCUUGCAGAGGGAGCAACAUUUUAUACGUGAUACUAUCCUAAUGUCAAGGAGUGUUACAGUAUUCAUUUUGACAUUAUUGAGUGUAUGUGAAUGGUUAGUACUUAUGAAAUUAUUAUUUCCAGGUGCUUGACAAUUAAGCUGCAGAUUGAAGCUGCAAUUUAGCGUCAUAGGUACAGGGAUCACAGACUUACCCGCGAUUUCCGUUCCGAUACGCGCGAUCCAAUUCGCGGUACAAUCGCGUUUGGAACGCAGGAGGUUCACGAUUCCGGUACGGCGGAUCCAGGUUGCAGUUCACGUACUUCUUCGGGUGGGUACGCCGAUUCUUCUUCAUCCAGUUCGGCGUUCCUGCUAGAGUCCAAUGAAUCGGCAGUCCAGAAGCUUCGUACUUUAUACGACCAUCGAACUCCCAAGGUCGCUCUGAAGUUUUCGCUGUUCCAGGAGCUUCGUACCUCUAAACGACCCGACUCUUGACAUUUGUUUAAUGUUUAUUACUUUAUUUCCUGUUUUGUUGAAGUUGUUGAACUUUGUUUACUGUUUUAUAUCUUUUAUUGUUGUCACAAACAUUGUUAAGUUUGUUUAAUGUUAUUGAAGUUAUUG